AUGGAUGUAAUCAAGUUAAAGGCACAGCGUUCAGGCCAUCGAGGAUUUAUUACCAAAAUUUUGAGGAAAAUUUCUGAAAUCGAAGAUGAAAAUGGAAAAGCUGAAAUGAUCAAGGUACUGGAGGAGAAGUGGUACACAUUAGAGAAAAUCAACAGCCAGAUUCUACAAGAACUAGAGAAAGAAGAAGAAAUUCAACUGGAGAUCGAAGAUUCAGAUGAGUACAUGUUAGAUUUGAGACUGAAAUUAGCAGAACUGACAAAGAAUGGAAAGGCUUCUGAGAAUCUAAAUCAAUGUAUAUCCAGGAAUUUAAAUGUAAAUGCUCCACAGUUCAUUCCAAGCAAUGAAUCAUUAGAACCCAACAUAGGAAAACCUAACAUUCAUAAUCAUAAACUGCCGAAAUUAAACCUGCCAGUUUUUUCGGGAGAUUUACUUCAAUGGCAAACAUUUUGGGAUUGUUUUGAGACAAGCAUCCACGGGAACAACAGUUUGUCUAAUGUUGAAAAAUUUAGCUAUCUACGAUCGCUGCUAUGUGGGGAAGCCCUUCGCUCUGUGUCAGGAUUCAGUUUGACCAAUACCAACUACAGGCAAGCAAUAGAUGUUUCAUUUGAAAGAUACGGACAAAAUCACAAAAUCAUUAAUGCCCAUAUCCAGAGUUUGAUUGAUUUACCACUUCCCAAGCCUAGUCCUGCCAGUUUGAGAAACUUCUUGGACAAAAUGGAGUGCUGCAUUAGAGGAUUAGAAGCUCUAGGAACUGAUGAAAACACCUAUGGGACAAUUUUGACUCCAAUGAUUUACAACAAACUACCAGCAGAAAUUCGGAAGAACAUUACCCGGGACAAAGGAGAUGAUCAAUGGGAACUGCAUUCACUGAGGAGAGCCAUAAAGAAGGAGCUAUGUGUUCAAGAUACUGGACAGUCAUUACAGCCAAAACAGGAAACCCAGGAAUUCAUUCCAACAGCUAACAACUUUGUUACUUAG